UAUACGAUCACCCAGGAUUUAUACGAUCACCCAGCCAAUAAAUGUGACUUACGGUGAAUUUCUUCGUUUAAAAAUCCUGCUGAACCUUUAGGUGAACAGAUAUGGAUGUGGAUUACAGGGACACUAAAAAACUGGCACGUCUUUUGAGUGACUAUGUAGAACAAGCGGUGAAGCUGUCUCGUCUUUAUAACAUAGAAAGUGGCUACACCCAAAGCAAGACAGACGUGGAAAUAAAAAGAGCAGCAGAAUCCCUGAUAAAAGCCCACCGUAAGAAACACAAGGAAACUGAUGUGUCAGCAAUACAAAGUGUUAUAAAAUCAGGAAUAAAACUGAUUAAAGACACAAUCGAAAUGCUGGAAAAUGAUUCAGAUCCCGUCCAACCAUGCUGUUCUAGUGUGACUGGACUGCCCAGACAAUUCACUGAUAUGGAGAGGCAACUUCUUGAGCCUAAAUGGACACAGCACAACAAAUAUAUGAAUGCACUCUUUGAACACUCAAAAGAUGCAGGAAAAUUUCUAGAUGAUUUAUUGGGAAAAAUAACCAGUGCAAUUUGUUCACAAGUUUCACACCAUGAUUGCAAAACUUGUGCUGUAUUUAUGGAAAUGGGCGAAUGGAUGAUUUUUGAACCCUUAGUGAUCGUAAAAGAUGCAGAUAGGACAUUCAGGGCAUAUCUAAAAUCAGGGAGAUAUGAAUGCAGUAGGACUGGUCUCCGUAUUGAAUGCUCUAGUGAUAAAUGGAGCAAUUUACACCAUGUGGCCCCUUAA